CCACCCGGUCCACAAGGCUUGCCGCUGAUUGGGAACCUGCUGCAAGUACCGACUCGCCUGGCGUUCCUCAAGUUUGCUGAAUGGUCAAAGGUAUACGGACCGCUGACUUCAUAUACCACCCUCGGUCAGCGGGUCGUUGUCAUAAGUUCUGCGAAGGCCGCCGGAGACAUUCUUGAUCGGUUAUCUGCGAAGACAUCAGAUCGGCCUUGUUUUAUCAAGACAGAGCAUUUGACUCACAACAUGGACUUUGCGACUGUGAAUCAAGGUGCUUUUUGGAGAACACAGAGAAGAGCUGCACAUGAGAGCCUAAAUGUCCAUGCUGCGAAGAGCUUCUUUCCAGUGCAAGAGGAGGAGAGCUGUAUGUUAGUUGAAGGCCUCGUGCGACAUCCUGAGAUUGAUAUCGCAAGACAUCUUUAUCGCUAUGUCUCUUCGAUUGCAUGGCGUGUUAUAUAUGGCCACAGUACGAUAAAGCUGGAAGUUGAUGAACCGGGUGUACCUCCCGAUAGCUUCUUUCGUGCCUUUUUUCAAGCGACCAUUCCGGGAGGAUCAAUUGUCGAUAUCUUUCCAUUCCUUCAUCCCGUUAUCUCGAGGUCCAAAUUUCUUCGUCGCGUCACCUCUGGACAUCUGGCUUAUAUGUAUCCAGGCAGAGCGAUGAAUGGUACGCUCGCGCCCGUACCUUCUUCAUCAAUGCACAUACUGCUCCGCAGGUGUGUCGUUUUUCUACGGCGAACUGGUCCAUUUAUCGCAUAUUCAUCGCAUGAUCCCAUUAGGUGGAGGGGGUGCCGUCCAUCAGCGCGAAGCUCAAGGAAACGGACUGCGACGGCUCUGAAAUGGUUUUUCAUAGCGAUGCUCUUACAUCCCCAAGCCGCUGUGACGGCUCGAAGUCAACUAGAUCUAGUUGUCGGGAAGCGAUUUCCCACCUUUGGAGACAUCGAGCAUCUUUCGUACGUACAAGCAAUUGUCAAGGAAACCCUCAGAUGGAGGCCACCGGGACCGGCGGGUCUUGCACACGUGGCCACCGAAGAUAUCGUGUACGACAAAUUCCUGAUACCAAAAGGCACGAUUCUCAUUCCUAACGUAUGGUCCAUCUGCCGGGAUCCAGCGUUGUAUCAGGACGGCGAUACUUUCGAUCCGUCCCGAUUCCUCGACGACCGGGGGAACCUCAAGCCCUCACCUGCGGAUUCCCACGACGACUACCUGGUGUUCGGACAUGGGAGACGUGUCUGCGUCGGUAAGAACCUUGCGGUCAACAUGUUACUGAUUGCUGUUGCCCAACUGCUUUGGGCGUUCGAUUUU